AUGGUUCCUAUAUCAAUGCUGGCUGGCAUCGGUAGUGGUGAUGCUGUUGCACCAGCAGAGGAAGAAACAAUAAGUGCCAAAUUUAAAGUCAAAUUUGGAAACUGUAACACUCCCAAGCCCAGUUUCUUUGAUUUUGAAGGAAAGCAGAAAUGGGAAGCAUGGAAAGCACUGGGAGAUUCAAGUCCACACCAGGCUAUGCAAGAGUACAUAGCCACAGUGAAAAAACUGGAUCCCAGCUGGAAUCCUCAGAUACCAGAGAAGAGAGGAAAGGAAGGAAAAAUUGGGUUUGGAGGCCCAGUUGUCAGCUCGCUGUAUCAGGAGGAAACCAUCAGGGAGGAAGACAAGAACAUAUUUGAUUACUGCAGAGAAAACAACAUUGACCAUGUCACCAAAGCCAUACAAUCAAAAAAAGUGGACGUGAAUGUGAAAGAUGAAGAGGGCAGGGCUUUGCUCCACUGGGCAUGUGACCGAGGACACAAGGAGCUGGUCUCGGUACUGCUACAGCAUGCAGCUGAUGUAAACAGCCAGGACGGUGAAGGUCAGACAGCACUGCAUUAUGCCUCUGCCUGUGAGUUUUUCGACAUUGUGGAGCUGCUGCUGAAAUCAGGAGCUGACCCCACCCUCUUGGACCAAGAAGGCUGCCUGGCUGAAGAGGUGACAGACUGUAAAGCAAUCACUUCCAUGCUGCAGCAGCACACAGCUGGCAAAGCCUAAGGAGCAGGAGCUGCACCAGCACAAGGCUUCAGGAAUGGACAGAAAUGGCAAUAAACCCCUCCCUUCUCUCCCCUACAGCCCUCUUGAAUAUGCAUCGGGAUUUGAGUCGGGAAUGAUUUUUGGGUGGGCUGGGAGCCUGGCACCUCUACCAGCAUACGGAGCUAGGGGAAGGAGCAUACACUGUGCAUAACAGGAUCCAUCGUUGCAUGCUGUGGAAUGUAUUACUGCUCUGGGAGGGGGAAGGACUCGGACAACACUUGGCUAUGUUUAGAUGCGGCUGCUCUUUUGAAAAAUAUACGCGAUCGGUGAGAGGUGAACCAAUCGGCCCUGAAGAGUCAGAUGCGACCAAAGGAGAUUUGUGGAAAUCAGGGGUUCCACUGAGGGAAGCUGAGCUGUAUUUCUCUGGGCCCAGACAAAUACUAUCAAUAAAAGAGCAAGCACAA